AUGGCCGAUCGAACUUGCCGAGUCCUCAUGUUGGAUGAUUCAAUCCGCAAUUUCCCUGCCUCGUCCUCAAUCACAGGCGCCGAGCUCUUUCAAAUGGUCGUCUCCCAGUACGCGCUUCAUGAAAAAGAUUAUUUUGGGCUCUGCUUCGAUCACCCGGAACGACCUGGCCUUUCCAUGUGGCUGGAACUUGAUCGCACCGUCAAGGAGCAGGUCAAGUCUCGCACUUUUCCCCAGCUGACGUUUACCGUGCGAUAUUAUCCGAGCGACAUACGAAUUGUCAAAGAGCUGAGCACCCAGCGUCUCCUCUUUCGCCAUGCCUUGAGACUUUUGUCCUCGGGUAAUCUGGCGUGUCCCACGGAUCAAGCCAUGACACUAGCAGCUCUUGCACUCCAGACCAUUGAAGGUGACUUUAUCGACGUCUCGGCCACACGACAUCAUUUGGACAACCGCAAGCUUAUCGCCGAUGAGGUCCUCGUGGCGCAGGGAUCAAGCCUCGAACUCUGCACGCAACAGGUGUCGGCCAUCUACAAGACCUUGAUUGGGAUGGAGAAUACCAGCGCCAUGCUGAGCUUCAUGACGAUCGUUCAAACGUUGCCUCAGUAUGGCAUCCACUACUUCAAGGUGCAGGACAAAAAGGGGAUGCCCUGGCUCCUGGGCAUCAAUCAGCAAGGCAUUCGCCAGUAUUACUACUCGGACCCAGCUGAGCCUCGACGAAUGCUACCUUGGGGCAGCAUCGUCAAUCUCAGCUAUGUCAAGAACCGUUUCCAUGUUGGCGUCGACUUUUCAGCCGACCCAGAUCGACUGAGCCAAAGUGAAGCGUCUCGUAACGGUGGAAGUAAAACCGACAGCCCAGAUGCCUCGACCCGAGCCAGCGCAAUCUCUCCCUUUAGCAACAGCAGCAGCACUGGAGACCAAAGUCGUCCCGCCGCACGACCUCGGAGUAGGAUCUUUUCUCUCAAUAGCAGCAAGAAGCGCGCUGGCAGCAGCGAUGGUUCCCAUGAAGUGUGGAUCACGGACAGUGUGGACCACGCCAAGGUGCUCAUGGAGUGGGCAGCCGAUCAGCAUCGAUAUCAUCUGGCGUACCGCAAUGAAGUUGCUGUUGGCAACUCCAUGCGCCGUCGUCACAGUGCUCGGGCUUCCAUCUUUGCCUCGGGUGAUCAGACCGCGCUCCCUGCACAGCGGCGCAUUCGCCUGCCCAGCAACAAACAAGUGCAGGAAAUGAUGCUGGCCAUAGAUCCCCAUAGCAAGCCAGUGCUGACGGAGGCCAUCGAGGAGAUGGUCGAAGAGGGCUCCCAUGCUGAGCUGGAACGGUUGCAAAAGCGGCGUCGUCAGCUUGCCGCCGAGCUGGAGCGCAAGUUGGCUCUUUUGCAGAAACUUGAGAUUGAGGAACGGGAUUGGAUUUCCUCUGUCCAAGGCCAGCCCACUGCAUCGCGCAGACUCUCUGUGGCCCAGCAGGCCGAAAACAUCCCGUUGGACCAGGGGGAGCGUUCAGAGUCACCGGAAGUUUUGCCUUUGCAGCAGGAGCACAUCACGCCUUAUUUGAGCCCUUCGCCACUUGAGCGCACCAAUACAAACAUUAGUGACAUUAGCAUUGGCCUCGAGGCAGCACGACUGCAAGAAUCAGACGGCAACAGCGAUGAGGUGGAAAUGACUUUUCUUCGUCGGCCAUCGACACCGACCGGCAAUGACCCUGUAUCGGCCCCUGAACAUGGGUCGAAUGAGUUGGUUGAUGCUACGCAGACCACGACGGCUCCGAACCUCAGGCCUGGCGACGAGUCGAAUGAGCCUGUAGUGCUGGUGCCACGAAGUAGCCGCACAUCACUGGGUGACCGCAGUCAGAUGACCGUGUUGCAGCCCUCCAAAGUGUCACCGAUCAAACGCGCACACGUUGAGGUGAGCCUUGUCAGUUCGACCAAUGAACAAGGAGUUGCCACGCCUGAUGCGUCACCGGCGCCAUCAACGACGGACGGGCUGGACACUAGCUUUAUAUCCAAAGAUAGCACCGUCUCCGUCGUCUAG